AUCAACCUCUUUCCUCUCCUCUUGCCGUCCUUCCCUCUCGUGGCGGUCCAAACACGUGGGACGCCUCGGAAAAGCCUUCUCCGUUUUCCCGGUCCGGUUGCCUUUUAGCCCCACCUCACCGCCGUCGAGCUGGCCCUCUCGGCUGCGCACGCAGGCCACCUUCCGACCGAGGCCACCUAGAAGGAACUCUUCUUGGUUCGUAGUGGUGCUGUGCUCUUCCUCGCGUUACCCUCUGCUGGUGUGGAUGCUCCGGCGCGGAGUGGAGAUCCAUCAGGACUUGUUGAUUUGACCAUCACGCUGAACAUUUUGUGGUAAAGAGGGCAAGGUCAGAUCCCUGGCGUCGGAAAGUGUAUCAUCUCUUUGGGUUCCAGCAUAUACCUCCUUCCCACAAGGUUGCACUAGAAAAUAUGUCAACACAUGCCUCUAACCGGUUGAACAGAAAUCCAGACAAUUCUGAAAUACCGUACUAUAAUGGCAAUUUAAUGCAUGUUGUGGGCAAUGGAACUUACUAUAUGCAACAAAAUCAUGAUGAUAUGCACUACGUGUCCUCUGAUGAUGGGUCCCAGACCAGUAAUUCUAGGGCUCAAGGGUUUCAAGCACAGUACUGCACCCUAGACUCGUCCUCAGCCAAUUGUGUUUAUCCUGCACAUAGCUCUACUUCUCAGAGCAUAAGUGGGAGCCCUCUGUCUCAGCAAGAGAGUCACUUUGAUCAUGCAUACGGUUCCUCUCCAAGUGCGUCGUGCAUUACUCAGGUUCCCAGUUUGACACUCAGGGAUAUAGAAAAUGUGAUGUUUGGACCUGAUUCUGACACAGUUAGCCCUGACAGCUCCUUACUACCUGGUACUGCUUUGUAUGAAAACAACUGGAGAGAACUUCUGGGAAUUAAUACUGGGGAUUUGAAGCAGGUACUUAUAGCGUGUGGUAAGGCUGUUGACGAGAAUGCUUACUAUAUGGAUGCACUGAUGUCUGAGUUAAGGCAGAUGGUUUCCAUCUCCGGUGAACCAAUGCAGCGUCUAGGAGCCUAUAUGUUGGAAGGCCUCAUUGCGAGGCUUUCUUUCACUGGACAUGCCCUAUAUAAAUCUCUUAAGUGUAAAGAGCCUGUGGCUACAAGUUCUGAGCUCAUGUCCUAUAUGCAUCUUCUUUACGACAUCUGUCCAUUCUUCAAGUUUGGUUACAUGUCUGCCAAUGGUGCAAUAGCUGAGGCUGUUAAGGGUGAAAACUUUAUUCACAUCAUCGAUUUCCAAAUCGCUCAGGGGACUCAGUGGAUAACUAUUAUACAGGUCCUUGCUGCAAGGCCUGGGAGACAACCAUACCUAAGAAUUACUGGUAUUGAUGACUCAAAUUCUGUUCAUGCCCGAGGUGGUGGACUGGAUAUAGUUGGACAGAGGUUGCACAACAUCGCCCAGUCAUGUGGUCUGUCCUUUGAGUUCAAUGCUGUCCCAGCAGCUAGUCAUGAGGUUAUGUUUGAACAUCUUUGUAUAAGACCUGGAGAAGCUAUCGCUGUGAAUUUUGCUUACCAGCUGCAUCACACUCCUGAUGAGAGUGUGGGCGUAGAAAACCAUCGUGAUAGGAUCCUGAGGAUGGUCAAGAGCCUCUCUCCUAGGGUGGUAACUCUUGUAGAGCAGGAGGCGAAUACAAACACAGCACCUUUCUUUCUUAGAUACUUGGAGACUCUUGAUUAUUACACAGCCAUGUUUGAGGCAAUAGAUGUUGCUCUCCCCAGGGAUGACAAGAAGCGCAUUAGCGCAGAGCAGCACUGUGUUGCAAGAGAUAUCGUCAAUUUAAUUGCAUGUGAAGGUGCAGAAAGAGUAGAGAGGCAUGAGCCUUUUGGAAAAUGGAGGGCAAGACUUGCAAUGUCUGGGUUUCGACAAUACCCAUUAAGUCCAGUGGUGAACAGUACCAUCAAAACACUGCUCGAUAGUUACCACAGCUAUUACAGGCCCGAGGAGAGAGAUGGUGUCCUUUAUCUUGGCUGGAAGAACAGAAAACUGGUUGUAUCUUCUGCCUGGUUCUGACAUUUCUGAUUUCGGAAGAAGCUUGUUUAGGUUCUUUCGUGGCUUUAUGUUGAGCACAUGAAUCCAAGGUGGAACCUAAAUUUCAUCUUGAGGACUCAUAAUCCAAAACAAGCUGGUUGCUUCCUUGCUGCUUCUUGUUGGUCAGCUUUCAAACUCUCCUAUGCUCACCACCACUUCAGACUAUGGUUAUCGCUGAAAUAGUCGCCAUGACAAAGUUCCAUCCUUAUAGGUGCUGCAAACAGUUGUUUUGCCACCUUUUAAUGGUUCUAAUAUUACAUGCUUCUAGAAUCUGGUAUCAGUAACUGAAUCUGGAUUACCGAAAGGGUUUAUGCUGCUCUUAGAUUGACUUUGUACACUGCGUUAUCUGUCUGUGUCCGAAGGUUAUGACGGUCCUUGGUAAUAGGCACAAGGAGUGCAAUUAGAUUCUGCAUGUACAAUCUGCUGGUGUAUUGUACUUCUCUACAAUCUGGGUGAUUUACUUUGGUGAUCACAGUUCUGUUC